CUGCUAGGAGAGGUCCAGGAGUGGUUGGUGGGGUAAAGACUGGGCCAUUAAUUAUUGAGCUAAAGGAGAGAGGAGGGGAGAGAGGGCAGAAGCUUAAAUCCUCAGCACUGAGAAAAACAGCCCAGAGAGGGAAACUCUCCCUUAAUCUCACAGAAGCUUAACUGAAACACGACUGAGAACUUGAGAGCUAGAGACAUAACUGGAAAGUACGAAUGCAACUGUUUUGAAUUGGAGAAAAGGCUUUUUACACUCAACUGAGGCUUCUUUUUUUUUAGCAGCACUACCUUAAGAAGUCAAGAUGUUUGCAGUGCAUUUGCUCUCCUUCUACUUCUCCAAGCUACAGGAGGACCAAAUCAAAAAGGUGGAUAGGUUCCUGUACGCAAUGCGCCUGUCAGACGAGCAGCUGAAGGACAUCUCAGCGCGCUUUCGUGCCGAGAUGGAGAAAGGCUUGUCCGGGGAGAGCAACGCCACGGCUGCUGUGAGGAUGCUACCGACCCACGUGUGCUCCACCCCAGACGGCUCAGAGAAGGGCGAGUUCCUGGCGCUGGACCUGGGCGGCUCCAGGUUUAAGGUUCUUCAGGUAAAGGUGUCUGAGAAUGGAAAGAGGAAGGUUCAGAUGGAGAGCGAGACCUACCCUAUACCUGAGGAGGUCCUCAAUGGCAGAGGUACCGAGCUGUUUGACCAUGUAGCCGAGUCUCUGAAGGCCUUCAUGCAGAGGAAUGGCAUCAAUCAAAAGAAGAAACCCCUGGGCUUUACCUUCUCUUUUCCAUGUGCACAGUCGAGGCUGAACGAGGGUGUUUUGCUGUCCUGGACAAAGCACUUCAAAGCCAGAGGAGUGCAGGGAACAAACGUUGCGCAGUCCUUGAGACAGGCCAUCAACAGAGUCAAGGAUAUUGAUGUUGAUGUGCUGGCCCUGGUGAAUGACACAGUGGGCACCAUGAUGACUUGUGGAUAUGACGACCAGCGCUGUGAAGUUGGUGUCAUAGUUGGUACUGGGACCAAUGCGUGCUACAUGGAGGAGUUGAGACACAUUGAGCUGGUGGAGGGAGACGAGGGCAGGAUGUGCAUCAACACAGAGUGGGGCGCCUUUGGGGACGACGGUGCACUGGAUGACUACAUCACUGGCUUUGACCGCGAGAUUGACGCAGCGUCUUCAAAUGCUGAAAAGCAGCUGUUUGAGAAGAUGGUGAGUGGCCUGUACAUGGGGGAGCUGGUGAGACUGAUCCUGCUGAAGAUGGCCAAGAAGGGCCUGCUGUUUGGAGGAGUCAUCUCCGAUUCCCUACGCACCAAAGGCAAAUUCCAGACCAAACACGUCUGCCAGAUUGAACAGUACAAAGAUGGGCUGAAGAACACCAAGCAGAUCCUGACAGAGCUUGGGUUGCAACCCUCUACAGACGACUGCGUCGCCGUGCAGCAGGUCUGCACCAUCGUGUCAUUCAGAUCGGCCAACCUGUGUGCCGCGGCCCUGGCUGCCAUCCUCACCCGCAUUCGAGAGAACCGCAAGCUGAAGAGCCUAAGGACCACGGUGGGAAUGGAUGGCACGGUCUACAGAAUGCAUCCACAGUAUGCCAAACGGCUUCACAAGGUGGUCCGUCGGCUCGUGCCUGACUGCCACGUGCGCUUCGUACUGUCAGAGAGCGGCAGCGGCAAGGGCGCUGCCAUGGUGACGGCUGUGGCUCAGCGUCUGAUGUCGCAGCGGCAGGAGAUCGACGACACGCUGGCCACCUUCAGGCUGGACCAGGAGCAACUACAGCAAGUAAGAGACCGCAUGCGGGCGGAGCUGGAGAGGGGGCUGAAGAAGGACUCGCACAGCACGGCCUCUGUCAAAAUGCUGCCCUCCUACGUCUGCCGCACCCCUGAUGGGUCAGAGACGGGGAAGUACCUGGCCUUAGACCUGGGGGGAACUAACUUCCGGGUGCUGGUGGUGAAGAUCAGGACUGGCUUGCGCAAAUCUGUCCGCAUGUACAACAAGAUCUACGCCAUCCCUCAGGAGAUCAUGCAGGGCACGGGAGAGGAGCUAUUUGACCACAUUGUUCAGUGCAUCUCUGACUUCCUGGACUACAUGGGUAUGAAGAACACUCGUCUCCCCCUGGGCUUCACAUUCUCUUUUCCAUGCCGGCAGACUGGCAUUGACAAGGGGACUUUGGUCAGCUGGACUAAAGGCUUCAAAGCCACGGAUUGCGUAGGAAAUGAUGUUGUCGAAAUGCUGAGGGAAGCCAUCAAAAGAAGAAAUGAAUUUGAUCUUGACAUUGUUGCUGUUGUCAAUGACACAGUUGGCACAAUGAUGACAUGUGCGUAUGAGGAUCCCAAAUGUCAGAUUGGACUCAUUGCUGGCACGGGCAGCAACGUGUGCUACAUGGAGGAGAUGAGAAACAUCGAGACGGCGGAGGGCGAUGAGGGGCAGAUGUGUGUGAACACAGAGUGGGGGGGCUUCGGAGAGAACCUAGAGGACAUAGAGGGCAUCAGGACCAAGUAUGACCAAGAGGUGGAUGAAGGCUCCCUGAACAAUGGAAAACAGAGGUUUGAGAAGAUGACUAGUGGUAUGUACUUGGGGGAGAUUGUGCGACAAAUACUGAUUGACCUGACAAGCCGCGGGCUGCUGUUCCGAGGACACAUCACAGAACCCCUGAAGACCAGGGGCAUCUUCGAGACCAAGUUCCUCUCACAGAUUGAGAGUGACCGGCUGGCCCUUUUGCAAGUGAGGUGCAUCUUGCAGCAGCUGGGCCUGGACAGCACCUGUGAUGACAGUAUCAUCGUGAAGGAAGUGUGUGGAGCGGUUUCCCACCGCGCCGCUCAGCUCUGCGGAGCCGGAAUGGCUGCCGUGGCGGACAAGAUUCGUGAGAACCGAGGACUGGACCAUCUGGAUGUUACUGUGGGGGUGGAUGGGACUCUCUACAAGCUCCAUCCACACUUCUCCCGGAUCCUCAAGGACACAGUGAAGGAGCUGGCUCCCAAGUGUGACGUGGAGUUUGUGCUAUCAGAAGACGGCAGUGGGAAAGGGGCUGCACUUAUCACCGCUGUGGCAAAAAGUUUCAAUGGAGAGACAUAACAUAAAAAUGUCACGAUGGCUCCGGCCUGUUCAGACAACACCACUGGCAACGAUUCAUACAAGGCACACUGGAGUCUUCAGUCAUUUGGGAAAUUCAGUGGACAAUUUGAAUGCCACACCUAUGACUUUCACAGUGGACAAUUUUUUUAUUAUUAAUAUUUGGUACAGAAUGUGUGAAGGUUAAUCAGGGCCUCAGGAAUCUUAAGAUGAAUCCUGUAUAAAAGUGGCCAAAAGCAAUUCUCAAGCAUCUCUUCAUAUUCUCUACAUGUUUGUAGCACUUUUCCUAACCCCUUAAGAGGUAUCAAAAGCUAUAUCUCAAACAGUGGUAUCUGGAGUCAGCUUUGUGUGGAUAUGUGCACUUAUCUCAGGAAUGCUGAUAAUGUUUAGAGUUGUGAAUGAUAUUUGGAUUAGCUGUGGCAUUGUCUUAUACAAACAAAUGAAAGUGUUUUGUCAGGCUAACUGUAUGAGGUUGGAGAGGCCAUCUAACACAGUGAUAAAAUUGUUAAUGUUUGAGCUGGUUAAAGAUUUUUGCGGCGUAUACGGACCAUAAAAUGGCUUUCAGGAAGCCUGCCAGAAGCUACUGUUCUGUCUGGAGGCGCAACGUGUAGAAGAGCAGCUCCGUGUCCUGAUAUAUAAUUACCUUUCCUGGGCCUAAAUACAGCUGCCCAGAUCAGACGGUCCUCAUGAUGCAUAAAUGCUGUCUUUGUGUUGUCAGGUGUUUGGCGCUGAUGGUGAGGAGGCAGGGAGACAUGUGGUUUGUGUGUGUGUGUGUGUGUGUGUGUGUGUGUGUGUGUGUGUGUGUGUGUGUGUGUGUGUGUGUGUGUGUGUGUGUGUGUGUGUGUGUGUCUCUGUGUGUGUGUGUGUGUGUCUGUGUGUGUGUGUCCGGCUUUGCGCGAGUGCACUGAAGGAAUGGCUUGCAGGGGCCGAGGCAGAGGGGGGAGUUGGCUGGAAUGGAAUGUUAUACACUAUUCAUUAGAGCCCUGCGUGUGCCCCUGAUGCCGUCCCUCAGAAAGCUCCAAAGGAAACACGUUUCUGGGCCCCAAGGGCGCGCCGCCACCACCGCCGACGCCGCAGAGACACACUUACCAGGAUGUUAAACACUCCUUCUGCCUCCUGACACGAUCAGUACUGAGCCGCACAGUCACUCCCCCAAGGCCAGUCUGGAGUGGCAAAGUGGCCUUGUUUGUUAUUUUUGCAAUCAUAAAAGUUGGCUUCCCUAAGAUUGAGAUAGUUAAUUUUUGUUCACUUUAUUUGAUACAUACUAUUUAAUACAUUUCACCCAAUUGAGCCAUGUCCACCAAGUCUGCACAAAGAAGUUGGCCCAGAUACUUUGAUUAUCUAAAUGUAUUGUAGAAUGCAGGGCUGUGUUUGUGUUCCAGGUAUGGUGAGCUCACCCAUAAUUCCAUGCCUGUAGUAGCCGUAGGGUGUAAUGUGUAAUUCUAGGGGUAAGUCAUGUUCCCUUUGUAUGUUAAGGUCAGCAUGUAUCUUCUGUUAGCGAUUAGGAGUCUGUGUGUUGUGUGUGAUGCCUUGUGUAGUUUCCUGUCUUCUGUGUCCACCUUUACCCUGUAAACUGUGCCUGUGUGUAGGACCCAGUGCCUUUCCCUCAUUCUGUUUUCAGUUGUUCUCCGUCUGAAUAAAUGACAUUGAGUGCCAAAGAGAA